UCUGCCCUCUUCAACUUCCAGUCCCUGCUACUGGUCAUCCUCCUCUUCAUCUGCACAUGCUCUUACACACAUGGUGUCUUUCCUGCUAUCAUGGAUAAGCACAAGGACNNGGCACGUAUCGGCGAGCGUCUGAGUCCAUACAUCAGCGUCUGCUGCGUCGUUAUGGCCGUGAGUAUCAUNCUAGACUCUCAUCUAACGUACGCCUCUGACACUCAACAGGGCAGAAUCUUCAUCGGUCAAUAA